GAUUCUUCUGUUCAUGUAUUUCAGUUCGUUUAUAACUUUAUCAUGGUUCUUUGAUCUUUCUUCUCCUCAUUUUUGUUAGUCUAUCCUGUUACCUGUUCUCCAUUUCCUUCUUCCUUUGCUGCAGAGCAGUUAGGGUUUAUAACUUCGUGUUUCCGGUUUGCUUAUCAAUUUCUGCUGGUAAGCAUUCAAAAUGAGGCGCCCAGGGCAUUAUGCUGAUUCUGGUGUCAAUGCAUAUGUUUCUGCUCAGAUGCAUAACAUGUCUGCACAGAGAAUGCAACACAACUCUGCAAUGAGCCAGUUUCCUGGACGUCCGGAUGCUUUACCUUCUGAAGAAGAGCAUCACUAUAUGUCUUCGAAAACAGAGGGACAAUGGCAGUGGGAUAGAGAUGGUCCAAAAAAAUCAAAUUCAAUGGCAUCUCAUGUAUACAGUGAAGGUCAAGGAGGUGAUCCGUCUAGAUCUUAUUGCCAGGGUGAGAGACCAGAUCCUAAACUGGGUUUAGAGAAACAUGCCAACAAAGAGCCUAGAAGCCAAAACCAUGAGGAAGAUAUGGAAAUUGGGUAUGAGGACACCAUUUUGCCACAGACAUUUGAAGGUCUUGAGCAGAAAUUUCUAGAUGAAAUCAUGAAACUAAGUAAGGAACAGAAUGGUGCUGAAGAUGCAGAAAAUGCUAGGCAUAGGGAGAAAAUGAAUGCGAUCAAUACUGAAUACCAGGAGAAGUUGAUUGCACUUCGAGCUCGUCAUAGCACUCUCAGAGAAGAAUUUCUCCGCAGAGAAUCGCAGGCACGGCAACAUCAGUAUCAACAAGCAGAAAUGAGCCCAUAUACCAACAGGAUGGGCCAGAGUGAACCAAAAAGCUAUGGUGCUGCUGCAGCAACAGCUGCCGCUGGUGAAGCACAUCGAACUUAUGCCUCUGAUCAGGCUGCUGGUGAAGCACAUCGGGCAUAUGCAUCUGGUCAGUUUGACUCGUACAGAGAGCGGGCUCAGUUUCUUGCAGCUGGCAGAAGUCAUGGAAUUGAGUCAAGAGGUCUAUAUCCUGGAGGACAUGUUUAUAACACUGGUGGUCGCUACUACUGAGUGCUUGGAAGUGAAAUACUGAUUCACUCCCCUACCUUCUCACAGUCCUCAUUAGUUAUGUUUCUCUAUCAGUUCUCGAUAUUACUUGGCUAUGGAAUGUGGUUCCUCCUCUCCUUCCCCCAGUGUUGUCGAUGAUAUAUGGCUCUACUAAGCUGCAACAAGUUACAAUCAUAACUGGUUCUGAUUUUAGCCUCCCUUGUCUGAGUAAUGCUUUUGAUUUUUACCUGUUGAAGUAGCCAUUGGCAUUGAGCGAUUUUUCCUGUAAGAGUAGGAUGACAGUUUUUGGUACUCAGGAUAGUGUUUUGAUCCUGGAGAAUGUACAGUCCAUGUUGGCUCUUCAUUGAAAGCUGAGGUAGUUGAACUAAAUUAUGAGUUUAUGGUGGUUCUCGAUAA